AUGACACAGCUUGAUGUAAUUUUUAAAGACAUUGCGCAAACAUUGUUGCCGUAUACAGGUUUUAUAGAUAAAAGUGCAGCAUGGCUAGGUGUUUUGCAGAUCGUGAGUCCGGCUUUUGUGUUGAAUGGAAUUAGAAAGAACAGGGAAAAUAAUAAAAUUCCAGUUUUUCCGUUCCUUUUUGUUGCCAUUUACAUGGUUCUCAGCCUUCGCUACGCUCAAAUCAUCAACAAUCAAGCCCUUUAUGAUUCUAACCUUAAAGGUCUUGCAUUUUCAGCAGUUUACCUCACAAUCUACUACUAUCUCUGUCCACAGCAAAAGAAAAAGGAAAACGUCAUUUACAUCUCAAGUGGAGCUGCUCUUUGCACAUUUAUCUAUUACUACUCAGUAAAUGCCGAUCCAUCAACAAUCGCAGCAAAAUAUGAGACAAUAAUGACUAGUGUUCUAUGGAGUUUCCACUUUAUUGCAUUGCUGGGUGUUUAUGCUGGAUUUGCUGGGAAAACUUCAUCUCAUUUGGCACUCGAGAUGAGUUCUGCGUCAGCAUUGAUGGGAGCUAAUCGAAUUUGUUAUGGAAUUUUGAAAAAUCGGCAAUUUAUUGUGUUCCAAAACAUCAUCUUUCUGGCUGUGAAUCUAGGACAGUUAUCUUGUUUUGUCUUCUUUAGCUCAAAGACUCCACCAAAGAAAGUAAAGACUGAAGAAGGAAAGAGCUCUGGAAAGAAAAGAAUGAAGAAGGAGUAA